CGCGAACCCUUGUAGGCCUUCUUGUUCUUUACAUUUCUUCGUCCAUCUUCGAUACCACUUUCCCCUCAUACAACCACGGCAAAAGUGUCUCAGCAGUCGAUGUUUGUCCGAGCAGCUCUUCCCUUUUACAUGAGAGUGCUACUAGAAAUUCUGUUAAGUUUUGAGUUCAUUUUCUCCUUCACCGCCGGCCCUGCUCGUGCCGAGUUCGGAGCUGGCCCUACCUCCAGGCGACGACAGACAACAACAACGACGACAAGGAUAACGACACCGACUGCCGACGACGAUAGAAAGCGGCUGAUCUUAUUUGUUGUAUAACAUCGACUUCAGUUGCUUGUUCUGCAGUCGCGGUUUCGCAGUCCCUCAGAUGGCGCUGUCCGAGACGGCGUCUUCUAAGAUGGCAUCGGCCAAGAUG